AUGGAUUGGCACGCGCGGGCGUCCAGCGGCGACACCCGCAGUGCGCUCUUGCAGCCGCACCAGGUGCUGCUCUCGCCCGACGACGCAGCGCUUCGUGCCAUUCACCCGCUGGAUCUCCUGCGCGUGCGCUUUGCCGCGUCGCACUCGGUGCUCGUCCUCGAGAGUGUGAUCGGCCGUCGCCCCCCUGCGGAUUCUUCGAGCAGUGCCAGUGCUGUACUGCGUCGGGGACGCGUCCAGCUGCACCUGUGGGUCUUUCACGUCGCUGGACAGCUGGAGGACGCACACGUGACGCUAGAGCGAGUCCGAGUGGACGCAGACGUGGACGCAGGUGCUUCGUGGCGACUGUCGCUGCGUCUCCAGACCCGAUGCCCGCCCCGUGCAGUCUCAGUAACCGACAGCUUUGGACUGGACGAUGAUUGUGGCGGAUCUUGCAGUAUACUUUUGCUGGCCAAGAGCGUUUGUCAGCGACAGAUUGAUCUGGACAGAGCCACGCGUCGUCAGCUGCUGGCUGCCCGAGUCCUUCGAGCUCCUCAGGCAGGACAACUUGUCUUGGUGAAGCUCAUGGGGGACACGUACGUCUUUCGGAUCGACGCGAUCGAGAAGAAUCGAGACGAUGAUGGAAAGCUGCACUUGGUUGUGAAAUGGGGACGGAGUGCGACACACGUUCCUUCGUCGACAGACGAAGUGACGGCUGGCGAUCAGGCUACAGCUGAAGUGACGGAGAAGGUCGCGGCACUUUGUAUGCAGCAAGAGCAUUCAGCUACAGCGGCAGCUCCAUCUUACGAGAGUGCGCUCAGCAGUCGGCUCUGGCAGACUGGCUUUGCAGGGUGCACUGCGUUUGUGCAAGACGUGCUGUUUCAUCUUGCUCUCGUGCUGAAAUACGAGGAGAAGAGACUUGACGCUGACGUGGCGAUGGACCAUAUCGGCUCCCACGGGUUGCUGGUUUCGGGUGUACAUGGUGUGGGAAAAUCGCUCGCGCUAGUGGCUCUGCAGCGAGAGCUUGUUCACGCGAAGAUUGCUGCUUGGCGGACCGACGGUAUGUCGUUGCUCAUGGCGGCUGAAAGCUCAGCGUGUCCAACAGCGUAUGAAUACUUGGUCCACGAGCUAAAGCAGCGCUUCCCUGGUUUGCGAUCACUCGCUGGCGUCGAGAUUGGACGCGGGUCGUCGUCAUGCAUCGGCGUGGUGCUAAUCGAUGACUUGGACGUGCUCUUUCAGUCAGUGGAUGGUCAGCUCGCUGAUGGUUCCGAGACGCCGUUGCCGUCACUCGGUAGCGCGUUGCUCCGAUUGAUGGACGAGCUCAGUCUGCGUUCUGCACGUUUCGUUGUUGUUGGAGCGACUGCAAGUGCUGAUGUUAAUAUACCAGCGGCUGGUAAGCGAGCUGGACGCUUUGGCAAAGUCGUGGACUUGGUCGUUCCCACCGAGCAAACCCGCCGUGACAUUUUGCGACGUCAUUUGAUCGGGCUGCCACUACGAAGAGAAGCAGAUGAUGGCGGCGACGAUGAUGCAGGAAGCCUGGCGUCGCGAUUGGCGGUGUUGAGUGGAGGCUAUGUGGCAAAAGAUCUCGUGCGUAUCUGCCGACACGCGACUGCUCAAGCGCACGCUGCAUCGGCGCUUUACGACGAUUCAAAUGCGCCAUUCGUCGGAUGGUCCAAUUUGUUGCGAGCUCAGCAGCACAUCAAACCUUCUCAGCUUCGAGAGCUAAACGUGUCAUCGCCUGGUGCACAAGUGGACGGAAAGCUCAGUUUUGCUGGCUAUGCUGCUGUUCGGCAACAACUACACGACUUCAUCACUCGUAAAUUCCAUCCGACUGCAGCGAUGAACCGUUUGGGUAUUUCCGAGGCGUCCGGAAUAUUGCUGUCAGGUCCAUCAGGUUGCGGUAAGACGCUGCUUGUGCAGACCUUGGCAGCUCAGGCCCAGGUCAACUAUGUAUCCGUGAAGUCCUCAGAGUUGCUGUCCAAGUACUUUGGCGAUAGCGAAAAAGCAGUGCGUCAGCUUUUUGCUCGAGCACGUGCUGCCUCACCUUGUCUCUUGUUCUUCGACGAAUUUGAUGCUAUCGCUCACAAGCGAUCGUUUGGUGAACACGAUGGAGGCAGCAGUGGUGGAGGAGUCUACGCCCGCGUGCUUUCCACAUUCCUCAAUGAGAUGGACGGCGUGGGCUCGCAACGAAUCGCUGUGUCCACUUCGCAUGCGAAGAAGUCGUCUACCGCCAAGGGCUGCAACAUCCUCGUCGUGGCCGCAACGAACCGGAAAGAUGCGCUAGACGCUGCCCUGAUCCGUCCUGGGCGAAUUGACAAGACUGUCGAGUUGGGAUAUCCAACGCAAGAAGAUAUCGAGGACAUUCUCGCUGUCUACACGAAAAGAAUACCGCUCGCUUCCGACGUAGACAUCCACGCACUUGCUGCGCGGUCCAGAGACUCGCGUGCAUUCACGGGUGCUGACAUUGCAGCAAUCUGCAAGGAAGCGGCCUUCCGCGCCCUUCGCGAAGGUGUUGAGGCAUCAGCAGUUUGCGUACGUCAUUUCAAGGCCGCGCCGUGA